AUGACAGAUGAGUUUCUAUUUCAAGACAAGAAGAACAAUACUGUCUGUAUAAAUCCAACAAAAGGAACUUUAAACGAGAAACCUAUAUCUGAACUUCUUUUGAAAGCAGAUGUUGACAACAAAGCAGACAAAACAUAUGUAGACGAUGCAAUAGCAAAAGAAGAAGAAAGAGCUGACAAAGCUUAUGCAACAAAAGAACAUACUCAUCCUGAACUAGCAGACAAAACAUAUGUUGACAAUAAAAUGUCAAGUGAAGUGACAAGAGCUGAAAACGAAUAUUCUAAAAAGACUCAUACACAUUCUAUAUCUGAAAUAACAGACUUAAACGUUAGCCUUGAAAAGAAAGCGGAUAAGGAAUAUGUGGCUAGUAAGUUAGAGAAGAAAGCAGAUAAGGAAUAUGUGGAUGAAAAAGAUAACGAAAUGAAAGAAAGGGUUGACUGGUACCAUGAAUGGACAUCGAAGAUUUUAAAAACUAAAGCCGAUACAGGAUGGGUUUCAGGAUGUUUAGACCUUAAAGCAGAUAAAACUUAUGUUAACGAUGAGUUAGAGAAGAAAGCAAAUAAGACUCAUACACAUACAAGUUUUACAACUGUUGCUAUAGAAAGUAUUGAAGGAACGGUUGAAGAAACUGGUGGGGAUGCAUUAUAUUGUAAACCUCCUAACUUUCCACAAGGUUUAACAUCGGAUGACAACAUAACGACGAUGAGAAACAUUAGAUGUAAAGAUGUUUAUGUCAUGAAGGAUGAAAAAAACGUUAAAUUCACUGCUCAAGAUUUAUAUGAGAAGAAAGCAGACAAAACAGAGCUUCAAACAUUAAAGACAGAAAUACUUCAAACAUUAUAUCCUAUAGGCUCUAUUUAUACGUCAAUGAACUCUACCAGACCAGAAGUAGUACUUGGUUUUGGAACUUGGACUCAAAUAGUCGACAGGUUUUUGUAUUGUGCAAACUCUUCAAAGGAAACAGGUGGAAGUAAAACGAUUUCAGGUGAAAAUUUACCUGCACACAGUCACUACAUAGAUUUAAGUACAUCUCAAGCAG